AAAGAAGGAACAUGUGUACCGUAAGAGGAAUUGUUCCAGAGCUCGUUCUGCUUUGUGGAACACCAUUGCACCAAAAACUGUUCAGAGUUUCUUGUUGUAAUCGGCUGCUGUUAAUCGGCUUUAAGGGUUAAGUCUGUUCCUAUAUAUCAAUCCGACUAGGGAUUCCACUGUUGUUGUCGGCGUAAUCUGCUUUUAGAACUUCUAUGGCGAGAAAGGAAUGUUCAUCUCCGACUGAAGUCCCCUCGUUAUUCAAUCUCUGCUCCGGUGUUAUCAAAGACGUCCUUUGCGGUGGCGAUUUUGAUCUCAUCGCCGGCGUUUAUCAACUUCCGUCUGAGUUGUUUCAGCCCUUGCUGCCUCUGUUACCUCCGCUGGCUUUGCAAAGACUGCAAGAACAAAUGCCAUUUGACUUUGGGGACGAUCAUGGAUCUGUUCCUAAUAACUACGAUAACGAUAUUCCAAGAAAAAGGAGAAGACAUGUGAGUUUUCAGAAAGUUUGGGAGACACUAUAUAAAGCACGGUGGCCUGAUUGUGACAACAAAUAUAGGCAUGGGCAAAUAUGGUCAUUACAUAACUUGAUCAAAAGAAAGGAACCAAAGCAUGAAUUCACUCAUGACUGGCAGCAGAUUUACUGGGAGACACAUCUACAAACUUGUCUGGAUGCAGCUGCAGAGAUAGCUUUAUUACCUUCUUUUGAAGGUCAUAUUGGUGAAGUUAAAGUUCCUGAGUCUAUACUGAAGCAUAUUGGUUAUAGGGAACACUUUCCUGCCUCAUCUCAUGACCCCUCGAUGUUCACAUAUCACUGCCAACAAUUUGGAUUAUAUGCCUGUUAUCUGAGGCUACCCAGUGUGCUUUGUGUUGCAGAAACCUGUUAUUUGUUAAGAAAUGCUAAACUGCAGAAGUUGGAACUAAGGUGGAUAAAAUCUCAAAAUGAAGAGGAUGUUGAGGGAUUGUGUAAACUUUUAAAGCAGAAUAGUGGGACCCUGAAGUCCAUCAAUUUUAUAUAUUCCAAGUUUUCUGCAUCAAGUCUGAAUGCAAUUUGUAGCUCAUUGUGCUUCAAUGGUCUUCAAACUCACGAUGUCCAACAAUUCACUAUCAUGGCAUCUAGAUUUCUUUCGGAAAAUGUUGGAUCUAAUCUACCCACUGGACUGCUGCUUUUCUUAUCAUCCGGAAGGUCCUUGUGUUCGUUGAGUUUGUCUGAUAGCAAACUUGAUCAAAAUUGUGCGAGAAUGAUCUUCAACACACUCCUUGGUGCGUUGUCUAGCAUAUCCAUCCUAGAUCUUUCAGAAAACAAUAUUAGUGGUUGGCUCUCUCACUUUAAAUGGCAGUCCACAAGUAACAUGCACUUGCCUCUUGGAAUGUCCAAUUCGUUGAAGUCAUUACGUGUACUGAAUUUAAGGAACAAUGGUCUACGUAAAGAUGAUGUGGAUUGUCUCAGAUACGUGCAUAUCUACAUGCCUAAUUUGGAUAGUCUUGAUUUAAGUGACAAUCCCAUUGAGGAUGAAGGAGUCAGGAGUUUGGUUACUUAUAUUGAAGGAACAUGUAAGAUGAUUGAGUUGAGAUUGGAAAAUUGUGAGCUUACUUUCAAUGGGGUGAACCAUCUUUUAGAAUGUCUCUCUUGCUUGCAAAACUUGCCUACCUCUCUUUCAAUUGGUGGCAAUACUCUUGGCAGUGAGAUAGGAGCAGCAAUAGGAAAAUUUCUCUGCAAGGGCAUUCUAGCCCUUGACAUUGAUGAUAUUGGGCUUGGAUCUUCUGGCUUCUCAAAAGCACGAGAACAGAUAGUGGGAGUCUCAAAGCUCAGAUGCAUAGACAUAAGCAAGAAUCGCGGUGGCAUUGAAACUGCAAACUUUAUGUCAAAGCUUUUCUCACAUGCCCCGGAACUUCUAGCCAUUAAUGCUGGAUAUAACUUCAUGCCUGCUGAAUCCUUGGCAAUCAUAGGGUCUGGCCUUGAAGUUGCAAAUGGGAAAGUAGAGUUCCUGGACUUGAGUGGAAAUGUAUCAUGUCGAAAUUCUGCGGAUGUAUCUGUGCUUGCUAAAUUUGAAGUCGGUGGAAAAUUAGUUCUUGAAUGGCCGUCUUCAGCACCAAAUGUACCUUAUGAUGAUGAUCCAUAGUUAUUCUUCUCAAGGUCAAUGUGCAGGUUUACUUUUUUUGCUACACAUUUUCCUUGAAAAAACAAAAAAAGAGUCAUUUUUUACAAUGUUUUAGCUGAAAGUAAAUAAUGGGCAAUAUCAAAAUGACACGAAACUUCCCUCGUCUCUCACCUUCUAUCAUGUUUUGGGAAGUAAAUGCAGCCACACAUCAAGGAUAAACAACCUUAAUGAUUUUACAGGGGUAAAUUUGUCUCCAACCAAGUUGGGUUUUACUGGGGUUGU